CGAGGGGAAGGGCCACAGGCGCGCGCGCACAUUCCCCGUCUGCGUGCGCGCGAGCGGCGGCGGGCUUCCUGGGUCUGGAGGAGGGGGACGCGGCGAGGGGAGGCACGAGGCCACGAGGAUUGCCACUUUCCCAGGGAUUUGUUGGCCACCACUAGGAUCAGACUGUGAAGGAGACUUCCCACGUGGAGGACCACCAGAGCUGUAGCCUCUGUCAGUGUGGGGAUGGACAGAUUGGGCUCCUUCAGUAAUGAUCCCUUUGAUAAGCCUCCCUGCCGGGGAUGUUCUUCCUAUCUCAUGGAGCCCUAUAUUAAAUGUGCUGAAUGUGGACCUCCUCCAUUUCUCCUCUGCUUGCAGUGCUUCACCCGAGGAUUUGAGUACAAAAAGCAUCAAAGCGAUCACACUUAUGAAAUAAUGACUUCAGACUUUCCUGUUCUUGAUCCCAGCUGGACUGCUCAAGAGGAAAUGGCCCUUCUGGAGGCUGUAAUGGACUGUGGCUUUGGAAACUGGCAGGAUGUGGCCAAUCAGAUGUGCACCAAGACCAAGGAAGAAUGUGAGAAACACUACAUGAAACAUUUCAUCAACAACCCUCUUUUUGCUUCUACCCUGCUCAACCUCAAGCAAGCAGAGGAGGCGAAAACUGCCGAUACAGCUAUUCCAUUCCAGUCUACUGAUGAUCCUCCAAGGCCUGCCUUUGAUUCGCUGCUUUCUCGGGACAUGGCAGGGUAUAUGCCAGCCCGGGCAGACUUCAUUGAGGAGUUUGACAAUUAUGCAGAAUGGGACUUGAGAGAUAUUGAUUUUGUCGAAGAUGACUCAGACAUUUUACAUGCCCUGAAGAUCGCUGUGGUAGAUAUCUAUCACUCCAGGUUAAAGGAGAGGCAGAGGCGGAAAAAGAUCAUACGAGAUCAUGGCUUAAUCAACCUUAAAAAAUUUCAAUUGAUGGAACGGCGUUAUCCCAAAGAGGUCCAAGAUCUUUAUGAGACAAUGCGGCGGUUUGCAAGGAUUGUGGGACCAGUUGAACAUGACAAAUUCAUUGAAAGUUAUGCAUUAGAAUUUGAGCUUCGAAGGGAAAUCAAGCGGCUUCAGGAGUACAGGACAGCUGGAAUCACCAAUUUUUGUAGUGCCAGAGCCUAUGAUCAUCUCAAGAAGACCCGAGAGGAGGAGCGCCUGAAGCGCACCAUGUUGUCGGAGGUCCUGCAGUACAUUCAGGACAGCAGCGCCUGCCAACAGUGGCUCCGUCGGCAAGCUGACAUCGAUUCAGGCUUGAAUCCUUCAGUUCCAGUGUCUUCAAAUUCAGGUGAUACAGCCUAUAUGCCAACCAAGAAGAAUGUCCCUUCCCAGAAACCCAAGGGUAGACGGAGUGCACCUCCCUUGAAUCUCACUGGCCUCCCAGGCACCGAGAAGCUAAAUGAGAAGGAAAAAGAGAGAUCCUUCCUGCUGCAAUCCUGGCUUAGGAAGAAAGGGGAUGAAUGCAGAUAGUGCCAGGUGAGUAGGUACAAUUGAAAAGCUUAAGAAUCACAGGCUGAAGGCUGUGUGAGAAUAUAGAAAUCUGUGCUGCUUCCAAAAUGGUGCUUCUAGUGUGUGUGUGUGCCUCAUCUCCCUCAUCCGGGAAAACCCUAGGGAGGGCUCGGGGCAGCAAGAACUUCCUUGCUUUUGUUUUACAGCUGGUUGAUUGUGUGUGAUGGCUGUUUUCUGCACCAGAGCUCAAGGGAUGGAUUUCUGUGGUCCCAAACUAUUCACUGGGCUGGAUUAAUCUCCUUGUUUUACCCAACCAAUAAUUUUCUCAUUCAGCUUUGACCUGGGGGGACCACAAGUUUUACUAAGCAGAAAGCUUCCAGGAUGCCUUUGGGAAUAUGGAAACACACCUGGCACCCACUGGGGAGAAAGGCAAAGAAAGAAAGACUCAGAAUUGUCUUCCUUCCUAAGCCCUAACUCAUCCAAACAAAGAUGCUAAAAAUGCUGUCAUCUUAACACCCUUCUUCAGGGAGGGAACUGACAGCUAAGCGCUAACUCCUGACACCUCUAAUGCAUCCCUCCUCUCCUCCUUCUUCUCCUUUUCUUCUUCUUCCUCCUCCUCCUCCUCCUCCUCCCCAUUUUCCUCCUCCUCCAACAGCAAUUCUGCCAAUUUAUAUUCCCUUAUUCUUAAAUUAUAUCAGGGGAUUGGAGCUUUAGUUGUCUUCCAUUAAGCUUCAGACAACUAUUUCUUUGGAAUUUUCCCUUCUAGUGUCAGCAGACAUUGAAAUGGAACUUGUGAAUCCCUUAUUUAACAUCCCCUCCUAAGAUUGUGUUACCCAAUAAGCAAGUUCGAGUCCACCUUCCUCCCUUCCCACUUCCUUUGCCUAGGCCUUUCCAUUCCAGGCAUUUCCAGUCUGGAGACUUCAGGGAUUUAAAGAUUUAGAAAGAGAAUUUCUUAAAUGUACAGAGGCAGCUGGGUGGAAUAGACUUGGACAUAGAAAGAUAGUUCAAAUGCAUCUUCAGAGAUUAGCUGUGUGACCCUGGAUAAAUUAUUCAAUCUCUCUGAAUCUUAGCUCAUUUGCAAAAUGGUUAAUAGCAAUAAUAGUUAAUAGCACUUUAUCUUACCCAGGCUGUUGUAAAGAUCCAGAGAUAAGAUAUGUGGAAAAGUAUUUUGCAAACUUUAAACCCUUAUGCCAAUGUGAACCGUUACAACCAGUCAGACCUCCUUAUUUUGUCUUCUAAUUUGGGGGAACUGUCUGGCUAAAAAUUACAAUUUCCAGUGUGAGCACAUCAUGCUGCACAAGAAAAAUAAGAUAAAAGGGGGAAAAAUGAGAAAGAAACAAGCAAGCAAACAACAAUAAAUAGGUGAAAAUACUGCACUGUGAUCCACAUUCAGAUGCCACAGUUCUCUCUCUGGAUGCAGAUGGCUCUCUUCAUCACAAGUCUAUUGGAAUCGACCAAAGCAUAUUUUCCAAAAACCCAGCCACUGAGAAGUAACCCCAUUGAGUCAAUCUGAGUCUUUACAGCAAUAUGAUGUGCAACUUGGAGUCAGGAAGAUCUCAGAUCCUAAGGUAGCUGUGCUUCCCUGGGCAAAGUAAUUCACCUCAUUUGGUCUCAGUUUCCUGGUCUGUGAAAUGAAAGAGUUGAACUCAAUGGCCUGUCAGGGGCCUCUCCACCUCUAGACUUAUGAUCCUGGGACCAUGGAUAUGGAAUGGUAAAUACCAUUCAGGUAUUUACUCAUAGCUUCAACUAUCAGAAGGUACUAUAGGGCAUGGCUUUAACUUUAUGAGGAAGAAUUACACAAGAGUGAAAAAUCUCUGAGAAGUGCCUGCUUCCCUCUUCCGCCCACCCUCAUCCCUGACUGCAGAAAGGAAGAGUCUGUGGGAGAAAAGGGUGGAUAUGAACGUCAUUGCAUCAUCCAGAUCCCAGCUGUGACCUGGCUCAGAGUUUUGUGUUUCAAAAAUAACCAUGGCUUACAGUUGGGGAAAAAGUAAACUGUUGCGUCUCCAUGGAAACUAGAAGAGAGAGAAAGAGCUCUUAGGCAAGGCUGCUGGAUUCCGGCACAUGUGGCAACAUGGGUCGGCUGCCAGGAGGGAAUGGGAGCUGUAUAACCUGGGGUUUCUGGAAGGGUGGAGAUUCUCUGGAGAAGCCUAGAAGCCCAUUAGCCCAUCAGGGCAGACUGAAAAAGCAAACAUCCUUAGUCUGAUCAAAAUGUGCAAAAGAAGGCCCUGUGAGUCUAAAUAAAUAUUUAUUGCAAAAAUAUUCGGGUUCUCUCACUGUCUUAAUUUAGAUUUUACUACUUCCUCAAUUAUUGAUAUUUUGCUCCUUAGGUAGUGGCUAAGUAAAUAUAGAUCACUUUAGAAAGCCAUGGUUCCAUCCCCCAUUACCUUAAGCCUGAACUGUUACAAUAGAGCCCUAAUAAUUCUCUCUGCAUUUGGUUAUUUUUAACCGUCUCCUCCCCUCCCCAAAUUGCAGGACAGAUUCUUCAGAAGAUGACGACUUCAGGUUCAGAGUAUUCUGUCAUUCUGUACGUCUAACAGUGUUGCUUACUAGCCCCCACCAAUGUGUUUUCCUUUCAGUUAUCAGCUGAAAGAAAUGUUUUGGCAGAGUCAAAAAGGAAGCAACUAAAUGCCUUUACCAUAAAUGGGUGCAUUCUUCCCGCAGGUACAUUCAGGUACAUCAUGCUGAGGUCCCAAGUAGAGAGGCUCACAUAUAGAAAAUGUGUGUGGCUGGAACCAAUCCAUUUAGAUCCAACCAAGGAGCAUGCAGUUCUCUGAUGCUCUCCAACACAAGGGGUUAGCCGGCAGGGGUCCUCAAAUUACGGUCCAUGGGCCAGAUGUGGCA